AUGGAGACUGUUAGCGAAGAAUUGCGUAUGUAUAGUAAAGGAAAAUCUUCUGUCAAAUUUACUACCAUUUUGCCGGGUUUGGUAACUACCGGUUUGGACAAAAACGCAAGACUAAGAUUUCCAUGGCUUAUUGGCGCUUAUUCAGCGCAGCAAAUAGCGUCUUUAAUAAGUGAUGCUCAGAGGCAAGAUUUUAAAGAAAAGAGUUUUCCUUCGUACUGUCUUCUCAUAUUCGCGAUUUGCAG